AUGGCGAUGCGUGCAGAAACGGCCGCCGCUUCGAUGGUCUCACCUCCCGUCAGUCCACUCGCAAACGGCAAUCCAGCAGCCAACAACGAUAUCAACAACACCACCAUCAAACAGCCACCCGCAUUCUCCCUCACAAAAUCAUCCAUUCCCCACGAUGCACAGCACAACACCACCAACGCAGACUCGACCGAGUCCGAUAUGAUGGCCUCCCUCGAUGCCGUCCUCCUCUCUCGCAAGCACGAUGCCGCCGCAGUGACAUCAGAUUAUUACAGUAGUGGUCAUGGCGAGGACGACUCGGACCAUCCCCUUCCUCUCCCUCAACACAAGGUCUUGGCCUCGGCAACAACAACGACAACGACUACAUUAUCAUCACACGGCCAUAGCCAUAGCGAACAACGCCCAGCUUCGCCCUUGGACCCUCAGACCCCCGAGCUUCUCCUCUCCCCUCCACCGCAACAACAACAACUCCCAGAACAGGACUACGACCACAGCCUCAACCACCACCAAGAACACUAUGACCACAAUCAUUUGGAGGUUGAGAACAACUACAGUCGGGCUGAGCGCGAGGCUGCCACUCCUACUCUGGAGCAGAUGGGUCUCGAGAAGCUCGACGAGCUGGAUCUCCGCAUGCUGUUGCAGAACGCUUACGAGGCUAUCCAAGAAAAGGAUCGAGACCUUGGACUGGCCGCAAUGAUGGGCCAAGAUCUUAUCGUAACCAACAACCAUUUGGAGGCGGCAAAAAGCCAAUUGGAGGCCACGAACAACCAUUUGGAACAGACCAACAACCACCUUGCAACAACCAACAACAGCCUCGAGGCUAAAUACCAAAAGGUCCUCACGCAGAUCCGACAGCAUCGUGCACACAACAAGCAUAGACAGUUCCUGCAACCUCGAAGCAUCCAAAUCUCGCCCCCCUCCGAGACUUCAACAACUAGCGGCAGCUUGGGAGUCGGAUUUAGCCUUGACGAAUUGGGGGCCGAGGUCGAUACCAACGACGAUAACUGGGUCGAUGAUCUCGAACCCGGUCAGCACCGAUCCAUGACUCACUCGUCGUCGCUACUGUCUUCUUCUGGAGGAAACAACGGCUUCCGUCGGAAUCAGAGCCACAAUGGUGGAUUCAACAUGCGGUCGGGAUCACGCCAGGAUAUUGAGAAACUGGCCAGUUUAGAGAAUCGCAACACUGAGCUUCAGAUGAAGUUUGACGCUUUGACAAAGGAGCUCAAGCAAGGACGACGACAGGCUUUCAAGCGCAGUCGCAAGGCUGAGCAGGAGAUCAAGACGGUCAAGAGCGAGCUCGAGAGGUCGACGGCCAAGGCAAUUGAUCUCGAGGAACAGAACGGACGGUUGAUUGAGGCCAGUCGGAUGAUUCGCAUGCGCAGGAUCCAACUCAAGAACCAGCUCCCAGCCCCUGGAUCUAUUCCUGGAUCGACUAUGGCGACUAUGGCGGUUGAAAUGCAGGGGGAUGACAUGACCAUUCAGGAGAUGCUUGCCGAGGAUAACCGCAUCUUUGAGGAGCUUCGGGACCGUCUCAAGUCGCUCGAGAGGAUGAACUUGUCGUUGGUGCAGCAAAAGUCCGAGGCUGACAAGAAGACUGCGCAGAUUGCUCAGGAUCUGCUCGAUAUGCAGAAGGACCAUGAGGACCUAAUGACCAAUCUCUGUGGAUUCUCUGACCUCCAGAGCGCCUACAACAAUCAGACGUCCCACGUCCGGGAGUUGGAGAACACGAUUCAAGAGUUGCAGAACACCGUCAGCACGAUGAGUUCAAGGCUCUCACAGAUGAACUCGCCUUUGAUGUCGCCUUCAGAGCCUUCGUCGCCCAUGCAGAGUCUCUGGCGCCGUGACGAUGCCGAUUUCAAGGCCCUGAAGACCAUCCUCCAUGGGUCGACCCCCCAACCCAUGGUCGUCAAAUCGCCCAACCUCCGUGGUCAACCCACUGGACCCAAACGCCCUCGUCGUACUCUUCUGGCAGAACUCGAGUCGGAAUGGUUCCGCGAUGUCUCCUUCUUUGGCCCUCCUCGCGUUGUUGCCGAUCAACAGGAACAGCAGCAAAUCCACCUCCCUGGUAUCCAUGCUCCAAAGUCCCCCAAGGCCCUCAAGAACCAUCGCCACGACUCCGAGUCCGAGUUCUUCUCGGAUGAUACCGGUGGACGCGUCAAGGGCUGGCGCCAGAGGAUCCGCAACAUUGAUAUGGAUGAAGAGUCUGCCUGUGAGUCGUCGAACUGCAUCCGCAAGAAGCACCACCGUCGCAGUCGCUUCCAACCUGUCGGCACCGAUACUGAUGCCGGUGGCAUGACGACUGAAAGCCACGGCGGCGAGGACAGCGAUGUCGAGCGGUACCAACUCUACCGCCGUCGUCAAGAGAAUCACCACCACCAGCUCCGUAAGCGCCGUCACCAAGGCGGAUCCAGAUCCGGAUCUGACGAUGAUGAGGAUCUUUCGGACUGCUCGGAUCCCAUGCACCACCACCACCAUGAUAGCAACCUUAAUGGUAACCACCACGGCAGCGGCGAUGACCUCCGUGCGUCGAGCCCCGAUGGCGAAUGCUGCUGCCAUCUGUACGAUGACUACAGCGACUACUCGUCAUACGAUGAAGAGGACGAUGAAGAGUCUGUUGUUGGCUGGGCCCAUUUCGAGGACUAUGAUGCCUCGUCGUUCGGCUACAACCCUCGUCGGGAUGGCUACUACCUUGGCCGUCGGUCGCGUCGUGGUAUUUUUGGCAUGGUCCAGAGCGUGUUUGUGCUCUUCCGUCUUGUCUGGCGCUGGUGCCGAUUCAUCUCGAUCUUGUCGACUGCUCUUGCCAUUGCCGUUUACCGCGGACCCGAUGCCCUCCUGACCGACCGCUAA